UGAUGCAAGCAGCUCCUGUCUGAAGCUUCCAAGCGUGAAGCCGCACAACAACCUCAACCACAAUUAUGCGGCUCUCACUCCAACCAUUGCUCCUCCUGGGGCUCUCGACCCUCGGCGCCGCAGUCUUCCAGGAUGAGGUCGGCGAGAUCGAUUUCCACCACGCGCUCCUCGGCGUCCCCCAAGUCGAAACCACCUUCUUCCAUCGCCCACGAAAGCAAGAUAAGGCGAGCCUCCUUUACACUCUCAGCGACGUCGGUCUCAUCGGCGCCGUCAACCCCAGCAAUGGCCAGGUUGUCUGGCGUCAGCAGAUCGCGGAUGAUAUCACUAAUGGCGGUGGUUUCCUGCGCGCUGCUGAGGGUGAGCAUUGGGUUGCUGCGGCGUAUGGAUCGCGAGUUCAGGCGUGGGAUGCGCUAACGGGGCGAAAUGUAUGGCAUAAUGAGUUUAAGGGAGAGGUUAAGGAUCUUGAGAUUCUGGAGCUUACUGAGAGUUCGAGAAAGGAUGUUUUGGUUCUGUAUGACGAGGAUGGCACCACGGUUCUACGACGUAUACACGGUACUGUGGGAAAUGUCAUCUGGGAGUUCCGCGAGGUCGCCAAGAACAUCCCUCUUCAGGUCUCAACCGAUAUUUCCAAGAUCUACGUUAUCAGCCUUCACGGAUCGCCUGCUUCAUACAGCCUCAAGGUUACCGCGCUCGACACUGUUACAGGAGGACGACUGGACGACUUUGCCAUUGGCACAAAGGGUGAUGUCCAUGGACCCAAAGACGUCAUGUUCGUUGGAGGAAACUCUGCCGCCCCUAUCCUCGCAUGGGCCGACAGCACCCUCACCAAGCUCAAGGUCAAUGUCUUGGGAAGCAAGACGACCCAGGAGCUCAAGCUGCCUUCCGACGCUGUCGCUGUCACCAUUCACGCGCCUCACCUCCUUCAAUCGCAGCCUCAUUUCCUCGUUCACACCCGAACCAAGACCGGAAACAAGGCCGAGGUCUAUCAUACCGACUUGAAGAGCAGUCAGGUUACCAAGGCCUACGAGCUUCCUCACCUUUCUGGCCCUGGUGCCUUUUCCACCAGCUCUGACGGAGCCAACGUUUACUUCGCUCGCGUCACUGAGGAUGAGACUCUCGUUGUCUCAUCUGAGUCUCACGCUGUUCUGGCCCGCUGGCCCUUCAAGCCCGCUGGCGAUAUUGAGGCUGUUCACGCUGUUGCCGAGGUCCUCAAGAAGCCUGGUACCGAGGGCUUUGCUAUCCGAGCUGCUGCCGUCACCAAGUCAGAUGACUGGGUCCUUGUCCGUAACGGCGAGAUUGACUGGAAGCGACCUGAGGGUUUGACUGGCGCUGUUGCUGCUGUCUGGGCUGACAUUCCUGGUACUGAGAACCUCGCCAAGGUUCUCGAGGAGGAGGCUCACACCAAUCCUCUUUCGGCCUACAUUCAUCGUGUUACACGACAUAUCGACGACCUUCAAUACCUUCCUGACUACCUUGCAUCUCUCCCGCAACGAAUCAUCACUAGCAUCUUCGGUGGCGAGCCCGCUGCUAAGAAGGAGGGCCUGCACCGCGAUACUUUCGGCUUCAAUAAGCUUAUUGUGCUUGCAACUCGUCGUGGUCGUGUGUAUGGUCUUAGCACUGAGCACAAGGGUCAAGUCAUCUGGUCCAAGUCUGUACUUCCCCAAGUUCCUGGCGAGUCCCUUGAUAUCAAGGGUAUCUAUGCCAAGGAUGAGGGUGUGGUCACUCUGCGUGGCGCCAAGGGCGAGUACGUUGCUAUCAAGAGCGACACUGGCGAUGUUGUCGAGGUGAUGCCUGCCGGUUCGCUUCCCCGCGUUUCCAGCACUGUCGUUGUCGAUAGCCCUGCUGGCAAGUGGUUGCUUCCUGUUGGUGUCAACGGAGAGAUUGGACCUGUUCCCGCCGGUUUCACUCCUAGUGAGACCGUCGUUGUCCGUGGUGAGGGAGAGACUCUCAAGGGUGUCAAGUUUGUUGAGGAGAACAACAAGGUUACUGAGCAAGAGGUCUGGCAGCUUCAGCUCUUCCGUGGUCAGAAGAUCGUGGAGAUUGCUAAGCAUGCUCCUCACGACCCUGUCGCCUCUAUUGGCCGUGUCUUGGCUGAUCGCCGUGUCAGCUACAAGUACCUCAACCCCAACACAAUCGUUGUGGCUGCUAUUGACGAGGCAAAGUCAUCUCUUUCUGUUCAACUGAUCGACACUGUCUCGGGCCAGGUUCUGGCUGCCCAGUCCUAUGCUGGCGUUGACGCUACCAAGCCCAUCUCUUGUGCUAUGGCUGAGAAUUGGUACACCUGCACUUUCUUUGGCCGAUACACCCUUGAUGAUGGCACCAAGCGAUCUAUUCAAGGCUACCAGAUUGUAAUUGUUGACCUCUACGAGUCUUCUUCUCCCAACGACCGUGGCCCUCUUGGUGACGCUGUCAACUUUUCGUCUCUCAAGCCUGUUGACACACCAACAGGACCUGCUUUGCCUUGGGUCGAGGAGCAAGCUUAUGUUUUGUCUCAGCCACUCGACAAGCUGUCGGUUACACAAACGCGACAAGGCAUUUCAAACCGACAGGUUCUUGGCUACAUGCCUGAAACCCACUCCAUCGCCGGCCUGGCUCGCCAGGUCCUGGACGCCCGCCGCCCGGUUGGCCGUGACUCAACUCCAGCUGAGAAGGAAGCUGAAGGUCUCAUCCAAUACACUCCCAGCAUCGAGAUUGAUCCUCGAUCAGUCAUCUCUCAUCAGCGAAACGUGGUGGGUGUCAAGGACAUUCUCACAGCACCAGUCAUUGUGGAGAGCACAAGCCUGGUUGUUGCUUACGGCGUGGAUGUCUUUGGAACACGCGUCGCACCCAGCGGUGUAUUCGAUAUUCUUGGAAACGGCUUCAACAAGGUGACACUUGUUUUGACCGUUGUAUCGCUGCUGGGCGGCGUGCUCUUCCUCUCACCGAUGGUAAGGAGGAAACAGAUCAACAGGACUUGGGAGGGCUAAAGGGGAUGAAAAAAAGAGAGGGCAUGUCAUUAUCUGGAGCUAAUUACUAGACCCGGCCGACGGUCAGGCCAAUGGGAGGAAAAUAUUUGGUUAUGAGCUGUAAAUGGAAACAAAGCAUCUAUCGACCCACGUCAUGCCGGUGAUUUUAACGACUGUUUCCGUUGACAGAUGGAGGUGGCUUGCCUCAAGGUGUCAGCCUCACGAUGUAACGAUCCAAAUGAGAUGCCACAGCUCGAGAAGCCACGUGCUAUAUCUGUCAGCCUAAACGGCCGAGAUCGGGAUCUCCGUAGGUCCCGGUAGGCAGAGCAUCGCCGGGCUUGGCGCCACGGCGUCGUCGGGACUUGCAAGACAGAGACGCGGGAGCCGACAGGCCGUGGCAUCCAAUAUGUCGUGAAAACUGGUGGUUUGCAGUGAUUGGUGAACAGUAAGCACAUGGAUUCCCCUGCUUUGUUCCUCGUAUCACUGCCUGCAUCUAGACAUAUACAUGCUCUUGCAUAUACUUCGUAUAACAUGAUUAUUCUCACUCAAGCGUAGGACUUUGAGCUGACGGUGGGGAGAUAACUAUGGGAGGAGUAUUUUGCAUACACGGGUUACUCAAUGCACUUUUGACACGUCGCGAAUCAUGUAUUUCUCAGAGGAUCACGAGGCUGAAUGUGCGACCACAUCAACGAGCAUCUAUGCUUGUUUUUCCAAUGACGAACGUAAUUAAUUCCUCCGGACCCUCGGGAAACACGAGAAGGAGGCUUUUGGGGACGAAUAAACUGUGAGCACGCUAGGCUUUUGCUUUUUGCGGGGUAAUUUGAUGGAGGUUGCUUCGGGAUUUAUUUUUAGGAGGAGUGAUUCUGGUUGGAUGAGCGCUGGAUAUUGACUGUUUUGGUGUUGUAUUAUGUCAGUUCAUGAUGGUUCAUUGUGAGGUUGUUGUAGUAUCAUAGCAUGAACAACACUGCACGGUAUCAUAUCAUACUCUUGAUGAUAGACAGACGUAGACUCGAUGUUAGUUUUAACACUGUAUCGUCG